AUGGUGCAGGUGGUACACCGCCACGGUGAGCGCAGUGCACUGAUCAACGACAACAAGACGGAGAUUUGCGGCACCCUGUACCCGUGCGGUGAGCUGACCGGCGAGCGUGUCAAGAUGGUCCGUGCUAUCGGCGAGUUUGCCCGUAGCCGCUACAACGACCUCUCAUUGGUGGAGAGCCCUCUCUGCCCGUCGACGCAGUACAACUCCUCUCUCGUGUACACCCGCCCCACCCACACCCAGCGCACCAUCCAGAGCGCGACCGCCUUUCUGCACAGCCUCUUCCAGGACGACUACUUCUACCCGGUCGCGUACUCGGUCAACAGAACGACCGACAUGCUGCUCAGCACCGACGCGGUGCCGUCCGUGGUGGGCCGCAGCUGGCUCGACAACCAGGCGGUGUAUCCGGGCCUUAUGGAGGUGAACGCCGCCUGGUUCAAGUAUGUCUUCAGCUGGAACCACACGAGCAAGCUCGAUCUCACGCAGGGUUCCGCCUCGCAGAACCUUGAGCAGGCGAUGCUGGCCAACAUCAACGCCCCCCCCCGCCUCUCUCCGUCGUAUAACAUGUUCCAUUACAGCGCUCACGACACAACGGUGACUCCCUUCGCUGCCACGUUCGGUGACCAGGGCAACACGACGAUGCACCCGCCCUUUGCGGUUACCAGCUUCGUGGCGCUGCUCCAGGACACCGCGGAUGCCAGUGGCUGGUACGUGCGGCUCAUCCGCAGCAACCCCGUGAAGGUAGCCAGCGGCACCUACGUCUUCCGGCAGACAGGCAUCGCGGUGCACUGCUUCGACGCAACCGGCAACAGGUACCGCGUAUCCACCGGCAUCUGCCCACUGGAUGACUUCCGCCGCAUGGUCGACCACUCACGCCCCGCUGUGGCUGACGGUCACAGCGCCAUGACGCAUGCUCAGUACAGCAACAUGGGCUCCCCGCGCACCAUCGCCGACAACAAGCUGGUGCCGUUGCGCUGCUGGAUCUACCGCUACGCUUGCCCUAGCAAGUCAUGCCCGGGCUCCUACAUCCUCUCCGCGGUCGACCACCAGUGCUACCCCCAGACCGACAUUCCGAACUCCAGCAGCAGCGAGGGCACAAGUUCAUCGGAUGUCUCUUCCUUCAAAAAGCCUGCGAACUGGAUGCCGCGCGUUUCCUCGCCGGAAAAGAGCCGCCACAUUGCCGCGGACAUCCUCCGCGGCGUGACGAACGGUGUUACGGUCGGUGCAGCCGUCCGAAAGCACGAUGAGUACCGCAGACAUUGUUAA